UGUCAGGCCACGAGGUGGUGCGACAUGUCAAGUCAUGACGCCUAGUCUCGCCGAACACGCUGGCUGACCAUUCCCCCUUCAUGCUAUUGUUCCUUUUCCACAAUGUACCCUGUUCAUUAUUGUUUCUUCCCUUUUUUGAAUGAUUGUUAUAUUGCGGAGGCAAAUGAAUCAAGUAAGGUGCUACCGAAACAUGCGCUGAAAUCUGGACCAUCCAAGAGGCAAAAAGGCUCUACGUUGUUUCUACACGGUGCCUCUCUCUCUUACCCACCCACACACAUACAUACAUACACCUACACCGCUCCGAUACACAAAAAAAUCACCACGACUGCGACCACCAUGGCACAGACCAUGAGAUUCACCAGCAGUCAGCCUGCCUCACUGGCAGAAGUGUGCAAGUUGGCAUGGCAUACAUUUUAUGGCAUGCAGAAAGUAUCAGAGGAUUUUGAGAACCUCCGUUUCGAGGUCUGGACCAUCGCAAUCAGCCUGGACUCGUUACACAGCGUCGGCACCACAUCGACUCUCAUCGACCGUCAGCCAGAUAGAGCCCGCUGGGCAUUGACAUUUACCAAGAUCCUGACCUCUCUCGGGUCGGCCUUACGACCACUUCACAACCUCGUCAGACUCUACCUGUCCAGUUCGACCAAGGAACGGGCCAUCGUGAAGAACUGGCUCACGCACCCGGAGUGCACGUACGAAGGCGCCACGAUCCAAGACUUUCGGAGGAAGUUGUCCAUGUUGGUCGAGAGCCUGAACGUGUUCCUCUCGUGCCUCACGCACGCCGAGCUGGCCAGGGCCAAGGACGUCUCCGAGACCGAAGAAUGGCGAGUCUUGUCCGAGGUCACCAAGAACGUACUUCACAAAUGGGAUUCAGACGUCGCCACGGGCAUUCGACGACCUACGGACAAGAUGGUCCAGCCCAUCGAACCGCCGGGGUACGUCAGCGAGGACGUCCGCAGCUACAUCACGCCGCUGCUCAACAGCAGCGGAUCUCCAGGGCUGGGCGUGCAGGUGAUGGUCCCGGAACCCCCGCGGUCUCCCCUGCCACCGCGCCCGCAGAGGCUCGAUCGAAACAACACCCAACACCCGAGCGGCGUGGUGAAUCUGGACGACAUUGAGCACGGGUUCCGAAGCCACAUGCACGCCAUGCGCCGGAUCCGCGAGCAGCUCCGCCAGCAGAAGAUGAACAACCACCACCUCACGGACCAGAGCUCCAAGCACUUUCCCGAACUCAACAGAGCAGGAGGGUUGGCCGUCCCCUUGACGCCGACCACGCCGACGCUGCAACGCAAGGCCACCGACUCUUCCCAGGCUGACAGUUCGGUGGACUACGCCGACGCGUCGAGCACCGCUUCGAGUUCCCUCCAGAGUUCAGAGACCGGCAGCGUCGUCUCCAACUACCGCGGCAACGCCGACGAGGACGUCAAGCCGGACCUCAUCGGAGCCGCGAUCGCACAACAACACCAGCAGCAGCAGCAGCAACGAUCGCCCGAACGGCAUGAACGAAAAAGGAGACGACAAGCCCAGUACCGAUUCAAGACCGGCCUGGAGGAUUCCCAGUCAGGAGGUUCGGGUGACGAUUCGGCCUCCGAAGAGGUUCCUGGCGCGAGGUCGAGGUCCAAAUCUGCCUUGGAACAAUUGUUGACUACGGCAUUGUUCUUUGACCAAUAGACCGGGCAAAUUUGGACAAGCCAAACCCUGCAUUAUUACUACGUCGAUCGUAUAUCAUGGUACCAGAUGACGAUUAUGAUGAUUUUGUGAUGACUUUGGAAACUGUCAUGGGGGCACUUGCAUCUUACACAACGGCGUUUAUUUAAUUUGGAUCAUGCAUGCCUUACUUAACUGCCUAUCUUAACGAAUGAAAGGGGGUGUUUUAUCACGAUGCAUUGGGACACUGGAGUUUUAAGGGAAUGGUUUUGGAUUUUGGGGGCAUUUUUUUCAAAGAAACAAAAGUCCCCCACAAAUACCCUCAGAACCAUAUACACGAACAAUGGGGGAGGACAGGACAUGGUUUUUGUGCGUAUGUACGUGUGUGAGAGUGUGAGAGACUACUACGAGUCACAGUAACUCACUCGAAAAAUUUAUAAAGGAGAUUAAUUUUUCACCUGGGCGUAAUCGAUUCCGGUCUUCCUUUAUCCAAGAUAUUGUCCCUUGUCAAACUACUUACCAAUGUACUGGGAAGGUAGAGAAGGACAGGGAGGGAAAAGGGGGGGAGGGGGUUGAGGUUGAUCAAAGCGAGACAUGCUCACAAUGUCAUUCCUUGGAUGUAUACGCUACACAAGUUGUCCUCUCGGUAGGUACUUGUCUCGUUUGUGGCCUGAUAGUUGAACCUCUCCUCAUCUGGUCCCCCCUCCCUCUCCCAUCUUCCAAGGACGGAUGGACAUUGGACGGAGUAGAUAACUCCGUUACCAACUUAUCUCUCUAAACCCCCUCUGUACUGUACAGCCUAGGGGUUCUCGCCUGUCAGGAGACCAAAAACGAAGAGUCAUGACACGCAAAGAGAUCCGAGGUUGGCACGACCGGGGUUACGUUCCAAUCCAAUCCGAGUAGCACGCGUAACCUCGUGUAGACAAACUGAUCCUAUCGUAGGUAGGUAAGGCACCGGCGUGAAACAUGGAUCAUCAUCUGUCAGUGGUCCAGAGUGGAAACCAAGGCUCUUGGAAAUGCUGCGGUUUGGUGUUGCCAUCUUUCUUGUACUACAAGGUACAUAUCAUGAUGAACAGCUGAUUUCCAAAGGAGUAGGUGCUACUCCCUUCCCAGUGAGACGGCCCGGGGGAGGAGCUUCUGCAUGCACUUACUUCCUACCUAGGUACGUACUGUUACACGGCCAAAGAAAAAAACACUGCCCCGUCCGUCGAUGACGAAGAAUUGGUUUAACCAGAUGCUUCAUCCUUUUUGCCAUACGAAUAGUCUUGUUGAGAUGGAGACCUGUUUGAAAUGAUCACAUCAUUACAGAGUAAAGUGUGUGGGAGUGUGUAUGCGCGGGUGUCUGGAUUCUGUCGUGCCUUGCUCUGUGAUCAUAUCAAAUCAGACCACACCACAUCGGUGAGGAUCCAUCGAUGACAAUUAGACAGACAAGACAACCAACCCAAAUGAG